AUGAUUCGUGUUCUCGAUUUGUAUAACUUUGGGGAUGAAUCCAUCGUGUCAAACCCGGUGUAUAACUCGAUCAUGACAACGAUCCCUAAUAUAAAGAGAGAUGCGCAGGAGAAAUCCAUUAUUUUAGCAAUUCCGAUGACUUCGACACUGAAAUCUUCUCGCUUCUCUCAAUCAUUUAUCCAGUCUCAUAUCCUCACCUCCUCUUCCGUUUACAAAGAUGAGUACAUCACGUACUCAGGGAAAACGGCGGCAAUCAAUAGUAAAUACGUCCAGACAAAAAUGGAUAAGUGGAAUGGAGUUGGGUUUGCGGAAGAGCGCCAUUGCCGUAUUCUGUACGACGACGUCAUCACAGUCGACGGCACAUCUGAAUUCCGCAUUCUGUUAAUCGACAAGCCUCUUGAAGGCAGCUAUUACCCUCUCCAAGUGUUUCCGCAAUCCAAUGUUUUGUUUCAUUCUGGACAUGUUUCAGGUCUCUCCUCCUCUCUCUCUAUUCUUUGUAGAAGUAUUCGACUAUUUCGUAGGACGCUCGGUUUCCGAUAG